AUUUUUGUUUUGACAUCUUUUCCCCGCAAAAAAAAAGUAAAGAAAGCCCUUUUCCUCGAACUUCCAGUUCCAAAUUUAAAAUAAAAGUGAUUUUCAAAGUGAUUUUAACUCCGUUUCGAGUUGUACUGAAAUCAUGCCCUCCGCCGUCGCGACGAAGCAAUGUCCGGCUGUGUUCGUUUAGGCAGCCGAAGGGAACCACUUCCGGAAAACGCCGCCACAAAACAAACUUCGCCGUUUUCCCUUCCGCCGAACGUAAAUGGCCGUCAGCGGGGAACGCUAACAAUCCGAUUGGGCGCAGUUCGGUGGACCAGCAAGAGUUUUCCGGCCGUGGAAUUGUCCCUCCAGUGGUGGGGCCAGCGUGGGGAAGGAACUUUACGGUGGGAGCAGGGAAAGGUUAGGGCAGGAGGAGCAGGCGCUUCCGGAUUGGAGUACCGGAUUUUGACCAGUGAGGAACUUUUCCGGAAGUAUUUGCGUGCGGCGGAACCGUUGCAGGGUCGUUUGGUGUCCGCGAGGACGAACAGCUUGAUCGGGACGGUGCAGGUUCCGGUGCCGGGGAAGUUGGUUAACUGCCGGCCGGGAAGUGCGCAGGAAGUGACCGUUUCGGGUGUGGGGGAAAUCUUCAGCGGAAGGCGAUUUGGACUGGGUGAAGUUGAGCUUGAGUUUGGGCUGAGGUUUGACCAGGAUCUGCGCGAGAAGGAGAACCAGAAGGUGACGAACCAGCAGCCGGCUGCGAUGGUGGUAAGCGUGAAGAAGCCGCUUCCGGUAGUGAUGCCGCCGGAACGGGACGCCGGACAGUUGACGGUGGAAGGAAUUCCGGUGCCGUUGCAUGAGACGAAGCAGGUGAAAUCCUUCCGCUCGCUGGACACCCGCUCCCGCACCAAGGUCUUGAGCUACCUCUCCGGGCGCCUGUCCUCAUCCGAAGACGAGGACGCUACCCUGCACGAAAUCUGCUCGAUAUCGCCGGCGGAAAGCAUGCUCGAGGCGCUCGACAAAUUCGACGCCGCUCCGCGCAAGACGGACUACCUCCGGGUGGUGGAUUCCGCCCGCGUCCACGUGGACUCGCUGCGAUUUACCAAGGCGGGGCUGAAGGAGCUGUUCCACAAGUCGAAGCUGGUGUCGCUGGGGGACGUUGGGUUUGUGGUGAAGGUCCGGAUGCCUGGUGCGAGGGGUGGGGAGAAGGUGCGGUUUGGGUCGGUUUCCGUGUCGGAUUGUGGGGAGGUACGGUUUGACGGGAGAGCGGUGGUGAAGUUGACGGUGCCGAAGAAGGUUGAGGAUUGUCAGUUUGAGUUUUUGAUUUAUUUGGCGCUUGGACCGGCGUUUCAUCAGCGAUCGGCGAGUGGGAGGCAGAUAUUUUUGGGUUCUUCGGUGAUUAAGUUGGAGGAAUUGGUGGGGAAUCGCUUUGCUUGCCACAAGAAGUGUCCGGUGCGGUUGGUGUCGGACGAUAUCCUGCUGGGGAUGCUGACGGUUCGGCUGGAGUUGGGCGCUCGGAGUCUGCACUUUGGUCCGGAGUUGAUUGACGCGCUGCAGGUGGACAAGGAGAACGUUGAGGUGCGGAGUUCGUCGUCUAGUGAGUCUGGGGAUUUGAGUGAGACUCCGCGAUGCUGGGCGUACAAACCCCCACCGCGGCAUCACUUUCAUUGUCGACCGAUGACCUGCAGCCAGGAUGAGAAGGGAAGUGGCGGGGAGGGUGCCAAGCCAAGUGUUCAGCAAGCAGAUUCGCAGUCUACUUCCGGUUCAGCUCCAGUGGAGAAGAAAAGUGUUCAAGGGGAAGGUUCCGAAAGUAAACCGCAAUCGAUGGACACCCAGGAACGGCCAAAGAGUCCUCCGAAGCACGCCCUGCACGGAGUUCUUCACCUGGGUCAGCUGAAGGAAGCUCCGGAACUCGAAUCCGGUGGUUACUUCCUGGUGGCGCAUGGCUUCUGGUCUACCGACGGUGAAGACCCAAUUCUAACCACGGAAAUAGCCCAGAACGGGUCUUCUUUCAAUUAUCUGAUCACUUUCCCAGUUCUUUCGGACGAGCGGUUCCUCGAGCGAACCCGCAACCAGCACAUGCUGGUGGAACUCUGGCAAAAAGCGGCCGGCACGGCCGAGAAGCUGGUCGGAGUGACGCGACUUCCGUUGCACCAGUUCUACAUAGCCUUCCGGGACGCCCAGCUGGCGGAUCAUCUCUCUCGGGCCAAACUUCCGGUUGUGUCGAUUGACGGAUGGAGCGGAAUCGGAUCGCCGCUUGCGGCGGAACCCUGUGGCCAGGUACAGGCGGUCCUAGCCGUUGGCACCGAGAACCAGGUCGAGUACUUCAAGCUGUCCAGAGGACUCGGACAACACCACAGCGGAGACGCUCCCAUGGCCGGUCGUAGACCGGCAGUCCCGGAAGUGGAAAAAUCAACCUCCGCAACCCAAACCGCCAACCGCCCCUCUUCCGGAUCCGACUCCAGCAGCUACCAACCCAUCAACACGACCCCCUCCUCCGCCGGCAAGCAGCAAUCCGAGGUCGCCAACAUGCUGUCCGCGUUCAUCGAGAACCUCGCCCAGCGUCUCCCCAUCUCAUCCGAACGCAGCACCGCCCCCUGCUACGACCAGAACUUUGCCGAAUCCCGCGCCCCAACCGUGGCCCCAACCCCCUCCCUGCCCCAAUCCCCCCACUCCCAAGCCAACAAACCGGAAAUGCGCAAAACGUCCGACCUGCUCGAAAAUCUCCAACGCGCCCUCUCCCAAAAACCCCCCGCCGGAUUCACCUCCAACCUGCUGACCGCCCCGUCCGCUUCCCCCUCCGAGGAACGCGCCCCGGAACUCCCAAAACCCGAAGACGAACCCAAACCCGCCCAAAUAACCCCCCAGGAAAAGCUCUUCUCCGUCGCGGUCGAAAUCGAGCAGGCCGUCAAUCUGCCCAAGCUGAACGUCAGCAAAAAGUACGGCAAACGGAACAAGAACAAAGCCGGCGGCCAGCAGCAACGCAUCGAGCUGGAACCGAGCGCGUACGUCACCUUCGAGGGGUACAACCUGGCGGCGGGAACGGCCAACACGGUCAAGUCGCACGAAGGGAUCGUCUACACGACGGCGGUCGUCGAGGCGAGCUGCAAUCCGGCCUGGGGCAAGAAGUUUGCCGUUCAACUUCCGGUGGAUUUGAUGACGAAUGACGAGAAGCGCUUCAUCCUGAAGGUUUGGCGCAAGGCGGUUAGUGCCGGAGGGGAUGCGGCCAAAACGCAGAGCCAGCGGGGGCAGCAGCAGCCGGCACCGAUGGAGGACGCCGUGGUGGGCUUCACGGCUGUGGAUCUGAGCGUGCUGUUGAACGGGAUGCCCUGUAUCAUGGGGUGGUACAACAUUAUGGACUUUUCCGGGAGAUGUAACGGGCAGAUUAAGGUCAACAUCCAACCCCAGGAGAACGUGACCAUCUACAAGGACGACGGCGCCAACUUCCAGAUCCCGCUGUCGAUCGACGUCGAGUGCGGCGACAUCGACGCCACCGGCAACACGUCCCUGUCGCGUGCCCUCAAGCGCAAAUUUACCGAACUCGAAGAAAUCUCCCAACGGUUGAAGGCGCGCCUCUUUGACGUGACCGGCAGCGACGACAACGACGAUCCGGACGACGAGUUCGAGCGAGAUCUGAACACCGAGGCGGACGAGGGAGACGACGGCGAGUGGGUUGACCCGCUGGAGGACACUUCCUCCGGACAGAAGCGGAACAGCCAACAUCCGAACGGUGAGGCGGCUAUGACGUUGACCACGAACACUUCGUCGUACUCGUACACGAUGAACUCGGACCGUCGCGUGCCGGAGCGCAGCCUGACCGGAUGUUCCGACCGCUCAACGCAGCGUUCGACGACGAGCGCUUCCGUCCUCGAAGGUCAGCUACAGCUGGAAGAACUCCUUAAAAAGCACGAUCUCGACACGCUGUUCAAUCCGAAACUCCUGAAAAGUCUCAUCAACCCGUCGGUCAUGUCCACGUCCGAGUCGACUCCGUCUCCGUCGCGCGGCAAUCCGUACGAGAAUCUACUCCAGGAGGAGACCGGAUCCGGUGCGGGAACCAGCGCGGACGACGCCGAUAUGAGCGAAGAUUCGCCGCGGACCGUCACCUCGGACAAGGUGAAGCUGAUUUCGAGUGCGCUCCAGCGGACUACGAUUUCGGACGAUCCGACAACGGUGGGAACGACCACGACGACGACAACGACGACAAAGGGGGAAGGAUCCGGUGAGGAUCAGCAGAAGCGGGAGGCACCCGAGGGGGAACCGAUGAAGGUCAACGAUAAGUAA